UUACGCGCGUAUUUCCUGUAAGUUAAUGAGGUUAUGCUGGUAAAAUAAAUGAAACCACAGAAACAGACAGGAUAAUCCUGAAAUUAUCAUAAAUACUAAUCACGAGAGCGGAAUCUUCAAUUGUUUCCGUCAAUUCAGCCCAAUGAAAAAUUCACCGUUGUCUUAAUUGAUUCAAUUAAUUGAUAAUAACUCGGAAACUUGAUCCACAAUCGCAAAAUUUACGGGCGAAAAAUUAAGUAAUACGAUAAAUGGAGGGAAAACACAAUGAGAAUAAUAAAAAACGAAAGCCAAGAUCAUCGAGUACAGCUCCCGCAGAAAAACGGAAACGUCCAGAAAAUCCAGAAUCUUCAACUCCAAGUAGUUCACAGAACACGAAAGACAAUAUUUCUACGAGCAGUCGAAACACGAUAGCGUCGAAUAAUGGAAGCAAUUCAAAUGUAGAUAAAAAUAAUAGGGAAAAUACCAGUAAAAUAGAUAGGAGUAAUUCACAACAAUCAGAGCAUUCAUCAAAUGAUUCACCAAGUCAAGACACAAGUAAAAAAGCGAAUAAAGAUGAAAACUCUCAGAGAACGAUCUCCAGUAAUGAGCAAGAACCAAUGCCCCCCACAGCCAGUCAAGACACUGACUCUUUCCCCAUUGCAAGUCAAUCCGUGGAGACCGUAGUAUGCACCAAGAUCCCAAGCACAGAGAAACCUCCAGAGAGUCCGCCGAAAGAGGACAAUGGAAAGAGGAUCAAGUUCAGUGAUCAGAAAGGAUCGAAGAGGAAGAAGGUCAAUCAUGGCUCAACUCAUCAGGAGGAUCCCCAAACAUCUGGCAGAACAAAAGAGAAAGCAAGACGAAGAUGUAUUUAUGGUGCCAAAUGUUACAGACGAAGUUCCGAUCACCUAGCAGAAUUCAGUCACCCAGGAGACGAAGACUACGAGGUGAAAGAUGAGCGUCCAGAGUGCAAAUAUGGCUCGCGAUGUUACAGAAGAAACGCCAAACACUGGAAGGAGUUUAAGCACACUAAAACCCAACGAAAACGUGCCACAACUCCUGGCAGAUCUCAGGGUUCAGACAACUACUCAGACACCUCCUCAGCCGAGGAAUCCGUGGAUGAAUCUGAAUAUGAUCCUUCAACAUUGGAGGAGAGCACAGACGACGAGGAUGACGAGUAAAAGAGUGACUUUUAAAGAGGCUAAAAAAUUUUUUAUUGUAAAAAAUGGUUACAUCGUGAAACAUAAAUCAUUUUUAGUAAUAAUUGAGAGUGGUUUGUUUUAUUGAAUGUAGUAAUAUAUUUUCUACUAUUUAUUCUGUGAAAAAAAAACAA